AAGAUUCCGUUGUUUUCUCUCCUUGAUGGGAGGUGAUGAGGGCUUGUUUUCAAAGGAGGCUUUGAAUGAGGUGAGCAUUGAUGGUCCUGACUUAGCACUCGAGUUCCGUUGGGUGUUGUCGAUGGUGGAUGGUUAUGGUCAGAGGCUGGGGACGGGCCGUGGUGGCAAAGGCUGUGGCUGCUAUUUUCUCAGCAAAAAAAUCAAGACCGAUUUAGAAGAAGAAAAGGCACAAGAAAUUUCCAAGUUACAUGAUGCUUUGCAUGCUAUGCAAAUGCGAGUAGAGAAGGGAAAUGCUAGAGUAAUAAAAGAACGAAAGGCUGCUCGGAAAGCUAUUGAAGAAGCACCUCCAAUCAUUAAGGAAGCUCCUGUUAUAGUUCAAGACACAGAAAAGGUUGAUCAGCUGACAGCUGAGGCAAAGAGUUUGAAGACACAGAAAAGGUUAUCAGCUGACAGCUGAGGCAAAGAGUUUGAAGACACAGAAAAUGUUAUCAACUGACAGCUGAGGUAGAGAGUUUGAAGGUAAGAAAUCUAACAUGGAAUAAUGCUUUGCAUUCUAU